AGAUAGAGAGAGAGAGAGAGAGAGAGAGAGAGAGAUCAAACUCCUCAAGGCUAGGGCUCGUGUUUGAUUUCAUUGGUUUCUUCUAUUAGAUUGUAUCAGAAUGGGCAGCGGCGAUUUGCCGUACGGCGGUGGUGGCGAUUCAAGCAGCCACGCCGCCGGAGGAGAAGAGGUGACUGUCAACGUCAGUCGCUUAAGCGGUUCGAAACUCAAUCCUUUUAAGGUGAACUUAGGCUGGACCGUCGAUUUUUUCAAGUCAAUCCUUGUUGAGGAAUUCGAAAUGCCCAUACACGAGCAGCGUUUAAUCUACAGAGGCCGCAUUUUGAAGGGCGACAAAACUUUUCAGAGCUACGGUCUUAAGUCUGGUCACACUGUCCACUUGGUACGAAAUUUUGCAGCAGUUGUUGUACCUGCAAAUUCAAUUUCAACUGCAGAGGCAGGUUUUAAUAAAGGCAGGGGGCCAGAACUCCCUAAACCUGAAGUUGCAACCAAUAACCCUGCUCCAAAUAUAAACCCGCUUCCAAAUCCUUGGACCUCUGCUUGCACUGGAGGAAUGCAGACAAACUUGGAUACAGAGUCGAGUUCUACUGGGAAUGUGGACACGCCAUCCGUUUCCCAGAUCAUGAAUAAUCAGCUGCUAAACGUUUAUUACUCCAAUCCUGCUCACUUUAUAAGUUCCACUAAGACGAUACGGCAACUUCACUAUUUUCUGUCAUCUCAACUUGGUCGCCAAACAUCUCCAGAACCAGAUCAAAAUGCUGACGGAACAGAUGAUACAACUGACGACAUGAGAUUGGAUAUGUUGAGGGACAUGAGAUUGCAUAUGUUACGCGGACGUGAAACUGUUGAUGGCAUCACCGCUCCAAAUAAUUCUCCACGUGACCUCUCUCCCACCACUCAAAAAAGUUCUCCAGUUCCGUCUGAAGAAUUAUACGCUACUCAACUAUCUCAGUUACGAGAAAUGGGAUUCGUUGAUACCCAAGAAAACAUCAGAGCAUUGAUUGCCGCUGCUGGGAAUGUUAAUGCUGCUGUGGAUCGCCUUCUGAGAGAUUCUGCUAAAUAGAGCCCAUCUUACUACAUUUUUCUGUUCAUACGUAGCUUUGCAGAUAGAAUUUGGACAACGGUGUGGAUCAUGGUCCAAUCAGUCGUAGUAUACAUAUACCAUGCGACAAAACAAACUUGAAUAUGUUUGUUGAAACACGUAAUAUUGAGUGUCUUGUAAAUACAGUGUGAAUAGCAAGUGAUCUAACAAAAUAUAUUUGGUUUGGUCCUGUCAAAA